UUAAUUAUUUCAUUUGUGAUUUGUGAUUUCUUUAAGUUCGUUUUAGAAUUUGAAAUUUAAACUUUAGUUCUUAACUAAACGUGGACGUGUGCUGUUUGCUUGGAUCAUUUUGGUGCAACGGCUAACAGUGUUAGAGUGUUAUAAGUUUUUUUAAUUAAGAUCCUGGCUUGUAAAAAACAAAUAUAUAUAGAAGAAUACUUAAUACUUUAGUCGCACAAAUACAAUCCGAACAAAAUGGACACAAUGCAACAGAAAUCCAAUGCUGUGGAAGCAAACAAAUCUGAAACGACUGGCGAUAAUGUGAAAAAAUCUUUGAAACGUGAAGCCAGUUGGCCAUCGGUAUUAUUUUACAUACAUUUACACAUACUUGGACUCUAUGGUAUAUUUGUAAUGUUCACCAGUGCCUCAUGGUUGACGAUUAUUUUCACUAUCAUUUUGUCAGUAUUGGGUAUUUUGGGAGCUACAGCUGGAUCACAUAGAUUAUGGGCUCAUGGCACUUAUACCGCUUCCACCACAUUGAAAAUUUUCCUUAUGUUGUGUCAAACUUUAGCGGGUCAGGGUUCCAUUUACAACUGGGUAAGAGCUCAUCGUUUGCAUCAUGAAAAAUUCCGUAAGCCAGAAGAUCCUUUCUUCAGUAAUCGUGACUUUAUGUCGGCACAUGUUUAUGCUCAAGUUUUAAACUACCAUCCCGAACAGGAGGCCUUAUUGGAAAAAAUCGAUAUGAGUGAUUUGGAAAAAGAUGGUGUGGUAAUGUUUCAAAAAAGAUUCUAUUGGCUUUUGUAUUUUGUUAUUCAUGUUUUAAUACCCAUCAAUUCGCCACUCGAAUACUGGGGUGACUCAUUGGCCGCCUCUAUUGUUGUGGCCUUUUCAUUGCGUUACAUGAUUGUUCUCAAUCUCUGCUGGCUGGUUAAUUCCGCUCAUUUAGUUUGGGGUUUGGAUAAAAGCUUUAAACCCUCCGAUUCGAAUAGUGUUUUCUUUAUUACCAAAAGCUAUUGGCCCCAAUAUCACUAUAUGCUGCCCAACGAUUAUCAAAGUGGUGAAUAUGGUAAUUACGCCACAGGUUGUAUUACCGCCAUGAUACGAGUGUUUGCUGCUUUGGAUUUAGCCAAAGAUUUGCGUACAAUUAGUUCGACUGCAGUGCGCAAUGGCUUGACGGAAGCUGUCGAAACUGGUCGCCCCAUAGUGGAUUGUAUUAAUGAAUUCGCCCGCAAGGAGGAGAAAGAUAUGCCCAAGAAUCAUUUCCUUAAUAGGGAAAAGUUUAUGUAAAAGUUCACACAAAUAUUUGGGUAGUAAAAAUUAAUGUAAAAAUAUUUAUACAUAUAUAUAUAUUGUCUUAAAAAAAAUUUCGGCUUAUAUAGUUAAAUAAAUUUAUUUUUGAUAAAAAUUAAUAUAUAAAAUAUAUA